UAAGGUUUUACUCCGGAUUCCAUAGACAAUGGCAUAGAACAUAGAAUCAUAGAACCGAAUUACCGAACUCGACCUUGUAGAAACCGCCGCCAUCGAGUCUAUUUGCCCUCUCAAGUCAUCAUAACUUCAACUCAGAACCAUUCAAUAAAACCUAUACCGGAUAUCAAAACAGCGACUUCGAAAUCUGCAGUGGAAAUUAUGAUUAAGACUUGCAAUCAUCAUCUCCUGUUUAUUGUACGUUUUAUCCAACGGCUGACUUCCUCUUGCCUCGAUACUUUCCGUGAGAGCUAUCAGAUCAGAUCCGAUCCGAUCAAAUCAAAUCAAAUCAAAUCAAAUCACUAACUUCAUCCCUCUUCACAGUCUCCAUUUCAUACCAGCAACUAUACUUAAAAUAAAUUCGACUUGCGCAUAUUUGCCAGGUCGAUUCCCAAAUUAAUUACAUGAUCGAGCCGCAAACCUCCCAGCCAUGGGACCUAACUUCUGCCAUCGACCUUUUUAAUCGUCUCUCUAUUUCGAGUUUAGAGCCCGAUUUCCCACCCUCCAAUUGUACAGUCGAUGAUGAGCCGUCAAAUACAGAUGGAAGUGCUCGCGCCUUGGGUGAUUUCAGACCAAUAUGGAAUUACUUAGGUGUCGAUGCUGAGAAAACUUCCACAGAUUUUGAUGUUGGUUCAUUUGAGUCUGCACCAUCUUCUUUCACUUCUGGGGGGCUUUUUUCUGAUCUAGACAGUCCGCCAACUUCUGCGACGGAUGAUUCGGAUAUUCCUGAUAUUUACGAAGUCUACGUGACGAAAUCAAAAGAGGUACGAUGGAAAGAUGAGGUUAACGGAAAGAAAUUUCCGAAGCUGCGGCGCCGGAGCAAAAGGGAAGAGUCGUCGGAAGACGUAAUAUCUUUUCCGGAAGGGAACUUGGAAGAGCAACUGUCACAAUUGGAAACAGAUAGUAGAUCGCCCUUUGCUGCAGAUCGGCUCUUUGAUAUUCAAACACCCAGGCCACCAGAGAAUAGACAGACACGGAGACAGGUGUUGUCCAAUAUUUCACAGACGGAUGAAAGUAGCGGAGUGGAAUCAGAGGUAGAAAGACCUCCACCAUCAAAAUCUGCAAGACUUUUCGACUAUUCCUCUGUCGUGGGUGUCAAAAAGAGCUACGAAUCUGUCAUCAUACACCCUCUUUACAAUCUGACCUUCGAAGAGAAGAGAGCCAAGAUAGCCAAGAAGCUAUCGGAUCAAUUAGGUAUCGACAAAAAGAUACUUUUGAAUACUACGGCUAAUCUUCAACGUUCCAAUGAACCUGGAGCCAUUCACGUAUUCGUUGAUUGUAGCAACAUUAUGAUUGGAUUUCAUCAAGCUUUGAAACUUGCACGAAAAAUUCCUGAAGACGCGAAGAUGAAACAACAGCCUUUCUCAUAUCGAUCACUAGCGUUCAUCAUGGAGAGAAACCGCCCUGCUGCCAAACGGAUUUUGGCUGGAUCCAGAUCAAGUCAUGCAGACUUACCAGUCCAUUUCGCUGAGGCCGAGGAGUGUGGUUACGAAACCAACAUUUUGGACAGGGUGUUGAAAGUAAGAGAGUCGACGCCCAAGAAAGUGCGGCGUGGACUGGGCAAUGGAUAUCUCACCGGACGGUCGAAUGGAUCUGAAAGUCCAUCCACAAAUAUGUCCUCUGUAUCAUUUGUGGAACAGGGUGUCGAUGAGCUUUUACAUAUGAAGAUACUUGAAACUCUAAACGAUUACCCAAAACCAUCAACGAUUGUUCUAGCAUCCGGAGAUGGUGCUGAGGCGGAGUAUUCGGCCGGCUUUUUCAAAAAUGUGCAAAGAGCACUUGAGAAAGGAUGGAAUGUCGAACUUGUGGCUUGGAACAGUGGGCUGAGUGGGGAAUAUCGAGAAUCGUCAUUUAAGCAACGAUGGAGAAAGCAAUUCCGAGUUAUCAGGUUGGAUGACUUCAGUGAGGAAUUGUUGGGGAUUUACAAGAAGCAUGAAACAUCACCGUAGAUAUCAGCGAUGGGCCGAAUAGCGUCGCCUUCGAGACCCCCAAAACCGACGAAAUCAACCGAGGCUGACCUAUUGCGUUUAUUACACUCUCAGCUGUGAUAUCAAUGGAAUUACAAAGGCCUGUACACAAUUUCUUUAGCGAAAUAGUAAGCAACGGAAACUUAAAUGUUACUCAAUAGGGAAGUUUGAAAGAAUUUUUUUAUGACACGAGCUGUAUGAAAUCGCGGCACACUUGGUGAUUGAUAUUCAUUGUGAGAUACUCGGUCAUUAUUUGAUAAUUUUG